AUGCAUAUGAUCACAACCACCAUGAUUUUUAUGAUUCUUGGUGCUUCAGUUGUAAUGGCGAUAGCCUGUUUAAUGGACAUGAACGCACUACUGGAUCGCUUUCACAACUACAUCUUACCGCAUCUACGAGGGGAGGACCGCGUCUGUCACUGCAACUGUGGAAGGCAUCAUGUCCACUAUGUAAUCCCAUACGAUGGGGACCAUUCCUUGGUGGACUCAUCAGAGAACUACUUUGUGAGUGACAGUGUGACCAAGCAGGAGAUGGACUUGAUGCUGGGGCUACUGCUGGGCUUCUGCAUUAGCUGGCUGCUGCUGUGGCUGGACGGAGUCCUACACUGUGCCGUCAGGGCCUGGAGGGCGAGCCGCUACUAUGAUACCCCAUCCUGGUCAUGGCUGCCGCAGUUCUGCAACCUUCGAGACCUUCGUCGCCGAGCCCAGCUCCGACAACUGGAGGAUUCCAGCGGCAACAUGGUCCACAUCAAGCAGAAGCUCUACCACAACGGCCACCCCAGUCCCCGCCACCUCUGA